AUGGGUAAUUCGCCCUCGGUUCAAGAACAUCAGCAACAACCGCACGGUGUGCUGGAUGCAAAUCACCCUUUCAGAAGGGCGCAAUUGGGGAAUGAAAUGAAUUCGGGAAGACAACAGAGUAUCACGUCACAGCUUUUCCCAAGUAGGAACACUAGACAUGUCGGUCCACAUUCGAUGAAUGCCAAGAGAAAUCGCCAUCCUCAUCCGCAACCUCCUUCGUUGUUCAAGUCGGAUUAUUCACUUCGCAGCACUGCAGAAGAGACUCCGGCAAACACAGGUUCCACUGAAAAUAUAAGAGAUAAUAUGGCUGGAUUAUCGUUAAAGAGUUCUAAUGAAAAUGCUCAGGUGCCUUCGUUCCUAACACCGGGUCAUUCUACUCCAACAGUACAACCUACGAGACAGGCUGCAGUUCCGGCAGCUGAUCUAAAGAAUAAAUUGCAGAAUGGUUUAAAUCAACAGAAGGAAAUCUCAUCUCAUAGGUUUCAACGUCCCAGUGUGGUAGCUUUGAAAAAGACUUUGCUUGAUGACGGUGAACUACAUUCUACUAGUUCAAGGUCCACGUCAGGCGAUGUCGUAAGCUCCGCGUCCCUAGAUAUAUACUCUGCAUUGAACCUUGAUUCACCAACUCAAAGUGGUUCCAAGGCAAAAGACACAGACGCCGAUCCAGAUACCUCGGAUUUCGACGAUAUUAGUGAUGAUGGGUAUUUGCAAAGUGAAGAUGUCGUGUUGAAUCAAUCACUCUUACAGAAUGUUUUGAGGAGAGAUAUGAAGAGGAAAAGACCUGCAAAGAAAUCCAAGGUUCCCAAUACAAGUCAUGUAUCAAAUUUGAAAGCUAGUAGUAACUCGGUAUCCUACGAGAGCUUAGAGAAUGGUAACGUGCCGGAUGCGAAAAAACUAAAAUCUUUAAGUUAUGACGGUUCUCUACCCAGUUUCCAACCUACCGCUCAGAAUAAUGAUCGUUUGAACGGAUUGGCUCACGACAAUGGAUUCAAUAGAAUCGAUUCCUUUGAAAAAGGGUCUGUCGAACAUAGAGAGGUCGAGACUUCUCCAACAAUGAGGAAUUCAUCGUCGGCAUCACCAAGUUCAAGCUCCAUAAUCUCAAAUACAGAACCAGAGAAAGUUCAUGUGAUUUUAAAAUGGAGGGACCAAAUUGAAGACCCUUCCAAAUGUAAAAUUACUAUCAUCAGUACUGAUAUUGCGUCAGCACUAAAUUUUGAUCCAUCUGACAAAUCAUUCCAUGGCACCUUUUCCAUGAAAUACGACGAGAAGGAAAACAACUUUUAUGUUCCAAAUCUUUCAUUGCCACCUGGUAUUUACAAAUUUCAAUUCGUUAUCAAUGGUGAAAUCAGACACUCAAACCUAUUGCCAUCAGCAACAGACUCCGUCGGUAACAUCGUUAAUUGGUUCGAAGUCAUCCCUGGUUAUGAAAGUGUCGAGCCUUUUAGAAAUGAAAUCGACUACCAUGAAAAUAUGGGAAUCGACCCCCCACAAUCUGACUCAAGCACUAGUACUGGUAAACAUCAUGACGAAUCUCCGGGCAAAGUGCCUUUGGUGCAGCCCGUGCCGGGAAGACCACCUUUAGCGGCACGUCAUACUUCUUCAUAUUCCAACAAACAAGAGAGGUCUGGAACCCCUUACUCGGAUUAUACUGGUGUAAGCAGAUGUAAUUCAGCGGUCAGAAAAUCGCCAUUAAUACAUCAAACACUUAGUAGCAUAGAUCUGGUCACAGCAUUGCAACCCAAGAAAUACGAAUACUCGAAUGAGAUACCCGAGCUGUUUAAAGCAGGUAACGUAUUAGGCCAGAGUGAUGAAAAUCAAUUCCCAACUCCACCACCACCUCCAAUGAACCCGCCAUCAUAUGAUCAGCCUAGUUUCUUAGAGAAUGUUGUGGAUUGUAAUCAGGAUAAUUUGUUUGUUAGCCUUCAACAGGGCGGACUUCUCGAUGCAGAAACUGCAGAACAGUUGUUUUUGGAGAAAUACACUGUGCCAGAUUUACCAGUGUAUCUGAACUCGACGUACUUAAACAAGAUCUUCAACGAGUUUCAAAAGCACAACUCUUUGGGAAGCAACUCCAGCGGUUUGAAUCAUAUCAUUCCACAUGUUAACUUAAACCAUCUACUGACAAGCAGUAUCAGAGAUGAAAUGAUCAGUGUUGGCUGUACUACUAGAUACGAGGGUAAAUUUAUCACUCAAGUAGUAUACGCUCCUUGUUACUACGCCAGUGGUCCAAAGGCGGAGGGCAAGAAGUGA